AUGAAGCUCGCACGACCUUCCGUCAAUCCUGGGCGGAUGAAGAAUAUCAUCCACGGUUGCCAGGGCCUCCUCAUCUUCCUCGCAUGGGCUCUGACCAUCGCUGUCUGGACAAAGGGCGAUGGAAUCGAUGGACGGACGGCUUGGUAUUGGGCUCUAUGCUGGUUUAGUAUCCCCGGCUUAGUCUACCUUGUCGCUGUUCCGAUUUGGCCGCGAGCCCGGAGAUUCGGAAACGUUUAUGCUUUUGCGAGUGUUGAUAUGCUGUAUGCUGUGCUGUGGUUUGCGGCGUGGGUUUGCGUUGCGUCGUAUGUUGCUCAGGGAAAGUCCGAGGGCAAGGAUAGCGAUUCGGAUAAGGACAGCAAGAGCAAUAAGCGGGCUAGCGACAGUGACAACAGCAGCAAGGGAGGAUGCGAUAACUGGAAAUAUGGUAGCGCUGCAAAGUGCAAGAUUAGUACGGCUACGGUGAUCUUUGGUGUGGCUAUUUUCCUCCUCUUCGUUGCUACGGCUUUCAUGUCCUUCCGCAACGUCGUGCACUUCCGUCGCACUGGUACCCUCCCCGACGCGGUCUCCGACCCCAGUUUUGCCGCGCACUCCAAGGCUGCUUUCUCCUCGACUCCCGUCCAGGACUUUGAUGAGGAAGAAAAUGACUUCCGCUCUGGCCGCGGUAACAUGACUUCCUCCGCACGCAGCGACCGCGACGAAGAUUACGCCCUCCUCGAACAAAGCGAAGUCGAUGAUUUGGGCCACCAUCCCGGCCGUUCCGCGCUAUCCGGCGGGUACGAUCCCACUGCGUCCACGAUGACGGGCGGAAGCAGCGUUCUGCAUGAUUACAGCACGACCAGCUAUGGCGGUGCAUAUGGGCAGCACUAUGGGCCACCGUCGGAGUAUCCAGCGACGGAGUAUCCAGCGACAGAGUACCCAGCUACGGAGUAUCCGGCGACUGAUUAUGGAUCGAGUUUGAAUGGUCAUGGCCAUCGUUAG